AUGCGUCUUUUGAGACGCUGCGAUAAUGGCGAUUUCAGUCUUACUCAGUUCAGCGACGAGGCUAUUCCUCCCUAUGCCAUACUUUCGCAUACAUGGGGAGAAGAUACUGAAGAGGUCACCUUCGAAGACCUCACAAACGGCGCCGGCAGGGACAAGCCUGGCUACGAGAAGAUCUGGUUCUGUGGAGAACAAACUGCACAAGAUGGCCUGGAAUGGUUUUGGGUAGACACCUGUUGCAUUGAUAAAGCAAACAAGGCUGAGUUCUCCCACGCUAUCCGGUCCAUGUUUCGCUGGUACCGCAACGCAGCGCGAUGCUAUGUCUACUUGUCAGACGUCUCUAGUUCCUCUCUUGAAGCCAGCGGAGAACCGAGCCCGCCGCUGUGGGAAUCAGAGUUCCGGAAAAGCAGAUGGUUCACUCGAGGCUGGACCCUUCAAGAGCUUGUUGCCCCACGCACAGUCGAGUUCUUUUCUUGUGAACAGCGCAAACUUGGUGACAAGAUAUCGCUAAAGUCACAGAUCUAUAAAAUCACAAGCAUCCCACAUGCAGUGCUUGAAGGAGCCCCUCUUUCUCAGUUCAACAUUAACGAGCGGUUGCGGUGGAAGGAACACCGAGAGACUAAACGCGAUGAAGACGAAGCCUACUCGCUGCAAGGAAUAUUUGGUGUUGACCUAGCGCCUAUAUAUGGCGAAGGGGCAGCGGGCGCGUUUAGACGCCUUAUGGACGAAAUCUCUAAGCUAGAAAGAUGCGUUCAAGACAUACAUAGCACAGAUCCGCGUGACGAUAAGAAGCGCAUUGAACAUACGAAGGGCGGACUGAUAAAAGCCUCGUACCACUGGGUUCUCGACAACAUCCACUUCCAGCAAUGGUACAACGACCCGCAGAGCCAGCUGCUGUGGAUUAAAGGUGAUCCUGGCAAGGGCAAAACAAUGCUGCUCUGCGGCAUUAUCGACGAGCUACAGAAGUCGAUAGCUAAAACGGGCCUCGUGUCCUACUUCUUCUGCCAAGCCACCGACUCGCGCAUUAACACCGCAACGGCCGUACUGCGAGGGCUGUUGUUCUUACUGGUUAGCCAGCAGCCGUCGCUCGUCUUGUACGUUCGGAAGAAGUACGAUCACGCGGGCAAAACCAUGUUCGAGGAUGCAAAUGCUUGGGUUGCUUUGACCGAGAUCUUCACGGACGUGCUGCGGGACCCGAGCUUGAACGCUACAUAUCUGAUCAUCGACGCGCUAGACGAGUGCGUUACCGACUUGCCAAAGCUGCUCGACUUUGUUGCAAAGCAUUCAUCUGUGUCUUCCCGCGUCAAGUGGAUUGUCUCAUGCCGCAACUGGCCGGACAUUGAAGAACAACUAGAGCGGACAGGCCACAAGGUAAGGCUGAGCCUCGAGCUGAAUGCAGAGUCUGUGUCAACGGCUGUCCGGACCUUUAUCGAGCAAAAGGUGUCUCAGAUGGCGCAGCAAAAGAAGUACGAUGAGCGAACCCGAGACUCUGUGCUAGAGUAUCUGGCGUUAAAUGCGAACGACACCUUCUUCUGGGUAGCGCUGGUGUGUCGAAACCUCGAAAUGACGGCUAAACGGAACGUGCUCAAGAAGCUUAACUCGUUUCCGCCUGGACUGGACUCUCUAUAUAAACGGAUGAUGCAGCAGAUCGGCAAGUUGGACGAUGCUGAACUCUGCAAGCAGGUGUUGGCGUCCAUUGCGCUCGUGUACCGGCCAAUCACGCUGAAGGAGCUUGUGGCCCUUGUCGAACAGCUGGGAGAAAUAGCUAAUGACCAGGAGUUGCGCGAGAUUAUUGGCCUCUGUGGCUCGUUCCUCAUCCUGCGAGAAGAUACCAUAUACUUUGUGCAUCAAUCGGCCAAGGACUUCCUCCUCGCUCAGGCAGCUGAAGAAGUGUUCCCAUCCGGAAGGGAGGAUGUUCAUCACGCCAUUGUUGCCAGGUCACUCGAAAUAAUGUCUAGAACCCUGCAGCGGGACAUGUACGGCUUAAAAGCGCCAGGGUAUCCUGUCAAUGACAUUAAACAGCCAGAUUCUGAUCCAUUAGCAACGUUGCGCUACUCGUGUAUCUACUGGGUCGAUCAUCUCUGCGAAUUAAAUGCCGUGUCUUUAGCGAGCCAUGCAGGAGACCUGCAAGACGGAGGCGUUGUCGAUAUGUUUAUGAGGGAGAAGUAUCUUUACUGGCUAGAAGCUCUCAGUCUUUGCAAAAGUGUGCCGAAAGGCAUAGUCUCGAUGGCGAAACUACGGUCGCUGGUUCAGGGAAGAGGAAACACAACUUUAUUCACUAAGCUUGUUUAUGAUGCGCAUCGGCUCAUCAUGUAUUACAAAGGAGCAAUAGAGAGUUGCCCUCUUCAGGCAUAUGCGUCUGCGCUGUUAUUCAGUCCAAUAAGGAGCUUGGUGAGAGGGCUGUUUCAGCAUGAAAAGCCGAAAUGGAUCACUAUCAUGCCAGCUAUGGGUGAGGGAUGGAACACGUGCCUGCAGACGCUUGAGGGCCAUAGCAGCUUGGUCUACUCAGUGGCCUUCUCUCACGACUCAACGCGGCUGGCGUCUGCGUCAUACGACCGCACAGUCAAGAUCUGGGAUGCGAACAGUGGCGAGUGCCUGCAGACGCUUUACGUUGGCAGGGUGCUCAUGCAUAUGUCAUUUGACACCACUGGUUUGUAUCUUUACACUUCAUGUGGGACUAUCAGUAUUAGUGCAACUCAAUUAGUUCCCACAACAAUUGCGACACAUCCUCAGACUCCAGAAUACAAAGGCCUGGCUUUAAGUUCAGAUGGAGCAUGGAUAACACGCGAUUCUAAGAAGGUACUAUGGCUACCGUUGGAGUAUCGGCCAUCAUGUUCUGCAGCAGUGGUGGGGAAGAUGCUUGGCAUUGGUGUUAGGACUGGAAGAGUCUGGAUAUUCGACAUGUCAGCCUAA